CAAAAGAAAAACUCAGAUUAUAUAACAUUGGCGUUAUCUUGAUUUCAGCAACUUACAAUGAGGCGUUACUCUCUCAACAUAUUAUAUGCUGCUCUCCUUUUAUUCCAUGCCUCUGGAUUUGCUCUCCCAUUCACAACGCCAAUCAAACCAAGUCCUGAUGCAAAGUGCAGAGAGAAGGAGAGAGAAGCACUCCUCAACUUCAAACAAAGCCUCGUAGAUGACCAUGGCAUACUCUCUACAUGGAAUGACCAUCAAAAUAAUACAGAUUGCUGCACUUGGGAAGGCAUUCAAUGCAACCAUCGAACUGCUCAUGUCCAUCUACUUCAUCUCCAUGGCACCAAUUCACAGUAUUUGAAAGGUGCAAUCAACCUCACUUCAUUGAUUCCCUUGCAAUACAUUCAACAUCUGGACCUCAGCAAUAAUAAAUUUCGAUUGAAUCACAUCUCACAAGCCAUUUGCUCUUUCACCAACUUAAAAUAUCUCAACCUCUCAUUUACUCUAUUUAGUGGGAGGAUUCCUAUCCAACUUGGAAAGCUUUCACUUCUAAGGUAUCUAGACCUUGGAGGAAAUCUUCUUCUGGGACCACUUCCUUUUCAGAUCGGGAAUCUUAGACACUUAAAAUAUCUUGACCUUGGAGGGAAUUAUCUAUCAGGAGAAAUCCCAUUCCAGCUUACGAAUCUCAAGCAGCUACAAUAUCUGAAUCUUGGAGACAAUUCUCUGUCCGGAGCCAUCCCAUUUCAACUUAGGAAUCUCAAGCGACUACAUUAUCUUAAUCUUGCAGGCGGUGAUUUCAAUAUAGAAGCUGAGGAUUCAGAGUGGUUGUCUAAUCUCCACUCAUUAACAACUCUAGAGUUGAGUUCAUUGCAUAAUCUCAGCACCUCGCACCAGUGGCUACAAUCUAUCAAUGCGCUCAUUCCAAACUUAGUAGAGUUGAGGCUUGUUGACUGUUCUCUUUCAGAUACUGACAUCAAAACUUUGUUUCCUUCUCAUUCCAACUUUUCAACUUCUCUUACUGUCCUUGAUCUGUCUUCUAAUGUGCUAACUUCCUCAACAUUUCUAUUGUUAUCAAAUUUUACCCUUCAGGAGCUUUAUCUUAGGGGUAAUGACAUUGCUUUUUCAUCUUUUCUUUAUCCAAAUUUUCCAUCUCUUAAUAUUCUUGAUCUCUCUUGGAAUAAUCUAACAUCAUCAGUUUUUGAAGGUAAUUUUAAUUUUGGCUCUAAACUACGAGUACUUUAUCUGUAUGACUGCAUUCUUACAGAUCGAAGUUUUCCUAUUUCCUCUGCUUCCACAAUUAAUUCUUCCUCUUCCCUUGUCAUACUCUAUCUCUCCUCAAAUCUAUUGAAAUCAUCUACUGUGUUUUACUGGCUUAUGAACUGCACAAAGAAUCUUCAGACCCUUCACCUUUAUGACAACAUGUUAGAAGGUCCCAUUCCAGAUGGAUUUGGAAAAGUAAUGAACUCUCUUGAAAGUUUUUUUGCCACCAGAAACAAAUUACAAGGCAAGAUUCCGUCUUUCUUUGGAAACAUGUGCAGAUUGCAGACCUUAGACCUUUCAAAUAACAAGUUGAAUGGGGAAAUUUCUCAUUUCUUUCAAAAUUCUUCAUGGUGCAAUAGCCACAUAUUUCAAAAUUUGGAUUUAUCAUAUAACCAAAUUAAUGGCAAGAUACCUGAAAGCAUCAGAUUGUUAUCUGAGUUGCAGUAUUUAAACUUGGAAGAGAAUUCUUUAGAGGGUGAUGUCACUGAAUCUCAUCUUUCUAAUUUUUCCAAAUUACAAACCUUAUCCUUAUCAUACAACACAUUGUCUCUAAGAUUUGUCUCAAGUUGGGUUCCUCCUUUUCAAGUAACAGCAUUGAGGUUAGCAUCCUGCGAGCUAGGUCCGAGUUUUCCUGGUUGGCUCCAGACUCAAAAUUCCUUACAGUGGCUAGAUUUAUCUGAUAAUGAGCUUAAUAAUUCUAUACCAGUAUGGUUUUGGAACACGUUGCAAAAUUUGUUUGAGUUAGACAUGUCUUACAAUAAUCUCAAUGGGGCAAUUCCUGAUAUACCAUUGAAGCUUCAUUAAAGACCAUCUAUAUUUCUGGAUGCAAAUCAAUUUGAGGGUGCACUUCCAUCAUUUUUGCUCCAAGCUUCAGGGUUGUUCAUCUCUAAUAAUAAAUUUUCAGAUUUGUAUUCUUUCUUAUGUUACAAAAUCAUGGUGCCGUAUUUGGCAACCUUAGAUUUAUCAAACAAUCAAAUAAAGGGACAAAUCCCUGAUUGUUGGCAAUCUUUAAA